AUGACGACUAAGACCAUCCAUGGGAACUCGCAAUUCCAGAAGCCCUCCUUUCUACGCUGGACGUGGGAUUCACCCGGUGGAGGGUACCGUAAUGAAAUAGACCACAUCAUCGUCAAUAAAAGAGAGAGAAAUCCCAGGACUACCAUCAACUGGGAUCUCUUCGCUACGCUAGCCGGCUUUUGGGAAGAUUCCGCAAUGGACAACAUCGACGAGGAAUAUGACCGGCUUGCUGAACACCUUCACGACUGCGCGAAGAAGGCUGAGAGUUUUAAAACCACCAAGAGACGCCUGUCUCUUAAAACUCUUGAGCUGAUAGCUGUGGAGCAGCACGAGCCGCAGGGAACCAAGAACUCAAGUCCGAGCUCGCAAGGCUUUGCAGAGAGGCGAUAA